CUCCCUGGUACCUUGGUCACAUUUCGUUUUGUCCAUCGCGUCUUUCACUACCUGAGCCCAACUGGAUACGUUGUACAGCUAUUCGAUCGCUGCAUCGUUGGUGUAGUCUGCCUUGCGUGCCUGUCCGGGUCUUCAAACAGCAGCCAUUUAAUCGCAUUCCUUGACGCCUUGGCUGCGCAGACCUAUCAUGUUCUCGCCGCUUUCGAAUGGCACGCCAGGGCUGCAAGAUGACAUCAAUCGCACCCAGGGUUCUGGAGGCCGCAACCAUACCGGGGGCAGCAGUAGCAACAGGGGAGGUCCAGCUGGUAGAUUGGCGGGAAGUACUCUGCGCAGAGCCGGAUUGGUAGAUCAAGACUCCGGUAUGCGUGAUGCCAGUCGCGCCGGACCGAGCAGGAGAUGGGAAAGGGCUGUUGGAAGCAGUGGAGAGAACACGUCUUCAUUGAAAAGAACACUAGACGAGCCGGUAUCCGCGGCUAGGGGUCGGUCAUCCAAGCUGCGUCUAGCACGAGAUCGCGCCAAUCCCAUCGGCAAGCGGCAUCGAGGCAGCGGGCCGGUCACAGAUUCUGCAUUGGCAGGAGGGGCGGCAAGCAGGGGAGGUCGGGGCGCAGGUGUCAAGGGUGUUGCUUUACGCGGAUCAACAGGGAAGCAAAAGCUGCGCAAAGCGCAAGCAGGUGAAGUCGCGCGAAAUGGCAGCACCAUCGAGACGCUCAAGUCGUUCUUGACCUCGCGUUGGGACGCCAAUAGCGGCUUCCUCAAUCUGUCGAACAUGGCUUCCGAUCCGAUCCUGCUAGCAGCGGAGAUCAAACCUCCAGGAGUAAGCGGGGCGGCAAAGGAGAUCAGCAACGCUAUCUGGAAGCUCGCGAGGGAAAUGUUUCCAACUAUCACGACACUCAGUCUGGCGAGCAAUGGCUUCAAGAGCCUCGUACCCGUCAUGAGCGUGCCAGAGUUCCUUCCCAAGUUGCGCAACCUCAGCUUGCAAGGAAAUGACAUCAAGUGGACCAAGGACCUUGCCGCCAUCGCCCCUACAGUCUCAGGAAAUUCAGGACGGCGCUUCGAGGAGCUAAGCGAGCUAGUGCUGCUGGAAAAUCCAGUGCAGCAGAAUGCAGUGGCUGCUGGGAAUGAGGCUGGUUAUCGAGAGGAGGUGCUAGUCAAGUUUCCUUCCCUCAAAAUGCUAGAUAUGAAGCCUGUGGAAGCUGUGGAGGCACAACAAGCAGCUUCAGGUAGCAAAAGCGGAAGCAGCACGCAAGGGCAGGCCAGCUCUUUUGUCGGCGUCGCUCCAAUACCAAUGCCACUUGCGGUCAAGCCUGGCUUCUCCGACGAGUCAGCACAAGCCAUUAUCCCAGCUUUCCUGUCGACAUUCUUUGGCCAUAUGGACACUGGCCGACAACAACUCAAGCCUGCUUAUGCUCCAAAAGCGGUGAUGACAUUCACGCUUCCGCUGCAAGCUCCUCCUCGAGCGCGAGCCGAAGGCUUUCUGUUCAGCAUGAAGAACCAGCGCGGGUUACAUGGCAUGACCGACAAGCUGAAGAUGCUCAGCGCACAUGACAUUAUGCGGCUCGGCACGCAUUCGGCCAGCAAAGGCGUACACAGCGGGCCAGAUGCGAUUGUGGACUUCAUGACGCGUCAACUGCCCAAGAGCAGACAUCCUCUCUCAGAAGCAAGCAAGUUCGUUGUCGAUGCGUGGGUCCUGCCUAACGAAAGAAUUGGAGCCGUAGUAGAUACGAGAUCAGAGAAGUCGAGCGCUGUGUUAUUCAUCAGCGUGCAUGGGGAGUACACCGAACUGCCAUCGGAAGGCGUGCGAAGCUUCGACCGGACAUUUGUCGUCGCUCCAGCUGCGCCGGGCUCCACCGCGGCGAAUGCCGGUUGGCCCUGCGUGAUUUUGAACGAGCAAUUCACCAUCCGGCAGUAUUCUGGCAACUCGGCGUGGAACCCCAAGCCAGUCGAGUCUGGCUCUGCAACUUCCGCUUCAGGUCUUACUCCACAGCAAGAAGGGGAAGUGACGCGGCUUGCUGCACAGACUGGCAUGACGCUGCCCUUUGCCAUGCAGUGUCUCGCGCAGAAUGAAUGGCAGUACGAGCAGGCUGUCGCGAACUUUGCGUCUCUCAAGCAGGCUGGUCAGAUCCCGCCGGAAGCGUUCCAGUAAGAGCAGCAGCAAACACUUACGCAAUAUCAGCGAGGCAGGAUUUACACUAGUAAACAAUUCCCCUGCAAUGCGGUCGCCAUAAAUCAAUCCUGUAUCAUCAAUUCUUGGCUAUUCAAUUGUAUGCACC